AGAUGUUUUGGGAAAUUUAAUAUAAAAGUGAUAAAAUCUACGGUUUAAACCAGUUUACGGUACGGAAAUCUCUUAGAUUAGACACAAACGCACUUUAGAAAAAAAAGUACCCUGGAAUAGAAUAGAAGACAAAUAAGGUGUUAAUGUGAGAAAUAUAUAAUAAAUAUCCUGUUUAAUCAAUUUCAAUUACUUUGAAAUAUUUCCAAAAUUGUUCUUAACAACAUUGUUGCGUUUAAGUGGAGCAGUUUAAUCAUGGCCGAUAUAACAUCACAAUCGGGACAAUUGCGAACAAAAUUGGGUGAUAUCGUUGAACACAGUUCAACAGCUCUAAAUGAAGCAACAGAAGUCACAAAAGGACUACGUAAUGUGGUUGGAUGGUUAAAACAGGCCUCCAUAGAAGUACGCGAAGCUGGCAAACGUGCUGUCACACAAAUACAAACCUCAAAUCCCAAUUUUUUAUCACACGACUUUGAUUUGGACGAACCGGAUUUAAUAUCACCCACAUCGCUAAAUACCGAAGAUACAUCGUACGAAACAAAAUCAUUAUCAAAUCAGGAUCUAACACCGCAUACACGACACUCGAUCAGUCAGCCCCAAAGUCCACGGGCUCGUAGUCGUGUUGAUAAUUUUACUGCCGGCUAUCAUCGUUCGACAUCAAUUAUAACACAAUUGGAAAAAUCUAAAAUACUUUUAAAAAUGUCCGAUCAGAAUGAUAAACCAUUGUGUAUUCUUCAUUACAAUGAUGUAUAUAAUGUUGAUGUGACGACAGAAGUGGAACCAAUUGGUGGUGCAGCGCGUUUUUGUACGGCUAUCAAAACAUUUCAAGAUGAAGAUCCUUUGGUGCUGUUUAGUGGUGAUAUUUUUUCGCCCAGCAUGUUAAGUACUUUUACCCAAGGCGAACAAAUGGUACCGGUACUAAAUGCGGUGGGUACACAUUGUGCAGUUUUUGGAAAUCAUGAUUUUGAUCAUGGUCUCGAUGUGUUAGUGGAACUUAUCAAAAAGACUCCCUUCCCUUGGCUCAUGUCCAAUGUCGUUGACAAUGAAACUGGCCGUCCUUUGGGCGGUGGAAAGAUCUCACAUUUUAUUUUUCACAAUCAAAUCUCCAUUGGUCUCAUCGGUCUGGUGGAACGCGAAUGGCUUGAAACAUUACCCACUAUAGAUCCUAAAGAAGUCACUUACAUAGAUUAUGUAGAAGCAGGCAAUAAAUUGGCCGCCGAAUUAAGAAACGAAGGCUGUGAAUUAAUUAUCGCUCUCACACACAUGCGCACACCGAACGAUAUAAAUUUAGCGGAAAAUUGUCCAGGUAUCGAUCUCAUAUUGGGCGGACACGAUCAUGUUUACGAAAUUAAAGAGGUAAAUGGUAUAAAUAUCAUUAAAUCCGGCACAGAUUUUCGACAAUUUUCCAAAAUCAUCAUACAUAAAGAACGUGAUGAAAAUGGUCGCAUUAAAAUCGAUGUCGAACCCAUCAAUGUGACGGCGAAAUAUCAAGAAGAUGCUGAACUGAAAACUGAACUGGCAAAAUAUUCCGAAGUUAUAGAGGCUAAAAUGACUGAAGUUUUGGGUAACUUUAGUGUAGAAUUGGAUGGCCGUUUUUCCGCCAUACGUACACAAGAAACGAAUUUGGGUGAUUGGGUGUGUGAUGUAGUGCUGGCAGCUACAGGAGCCGAUGUUGUUAUCAUAAAUUCUGGUACAUUUAGAUCGGAUCAAAUACAUCCACCGGGACCAUUUACCAUGAAAGAUUUAGUGAAUAUAAUACCCAUGAGAGAUCCUUUAAUACUGAUAGAAGUAACGGGCAAAUGUUUAUAUGAAGCGCUAGAGAAUUCAGUAUCGGGUUAUCCUAAACUUGAGGGUAGAUUUCCUCAGGUUUCAGGAGUAGUGUUUGCUUUUGAUCCUACCAAACCACCUGGACAACGAGUGGAUCCGCAAUUAGUACAAGUGGGAGAUGAAUAUUUAAAUAUGCAGCAGACAUAUAAAAUCUGUAUUAAGAGUUAUAUAUAUAAUGGCUGUGAUGGCUUUACUAUGUUUAAAGAUGCUAAAGUAUUGAUGGAUGAUGAUUCCUGCCCCGAACUCGGUUUAACAGUACAAAAUCAUUUUAAAGCAAUUAAUUUACGCACCGGCAAAGGUGGCCAUCAUACUAAGCAUCGACAAUCUUUGGUCACACUCUCCCGCCGUCACAGUAUGGUGCAAAUGUUAGAUAAUUUAGAAUUGGAUGGUCCAUCGCCCAUACGCAAAUUAUCAGCUGGCCAUCAAGCUAAAUCAAUAGAUUUAUCAAAUACAAAUUGCUCAAAAAUGUUACGUCGUGCUUCCUUAGAUGAUUUAGAACAGGCCAGUUGUCAAUUGGCGCCCAAAAUACAACACAGAAUAAUACGCAUACAAAAUCAUGAGCAUUACAACCAACUACUCAUGAAAAAGGAGACAUCAAUUAAAAACUCCACCAUCACCGAAGCCGAAGAUGAAUAAAUUUUAUUCGAUAAUUCCAUUAACAUUAAAUUAACUGCUAACGUGCACUACUUACUACUCCUCGUAUAAACUACUUCACUCAAAAGAACUAGAAUUUAUAACCUCAAAAAAAAAAACGGAUACCGGGCAAAUUGCUAAAAUUAAAAUUUUUAAAAUAGCAUUUCUUCUUAACUUUAUUUAAUUUUAUUUUCAGUCCUUAUAAAUGUUUGACCCCCACGCGUAAUUCUUAAUGUUCUUAAUUUUAUUAUAAUUUU